GGAGUUGUAAGAUAAAAAGUAAGCUUUUUAGACUUAUCUUUGCAAGCUAGAUGGAUCUGAUUAGCUGAAACUUCCCUUCACAGCACAAGAUCCACAAACAUUUCCCUUAUCCAGGCCUGACCAGUCAUUAUCUAAGGCAUCAUGAAGACAAUCCUGAUCUUCUUCUCAAUUUGUGUUUCCAUCUCCAUCAUUCAUGGAGCAAAUGAAAGUACAUGUGCUUUGUGUGAUCUGGGAGAGACCAAAUGCAGCACGACUUGUACAGGAAAGACCUGUGUCACUAUCACGCAGUUCAACACAUUACUGGGAAACUUCAGUGGAACAUACAGAGGCUGCAGUGAGUCGUGUACACCAGUUGCCUUCACUUUGACUGCAUCUGAUAACAGACAAAUCCGGAGCAGCUCAGCCUGUUGCACAACUGAGAAAUGCAAUCAAGAUCUGAACCUCAAUUUGCCUCCCGUUAGUACUUUUGAAAAUGGAGCACAUUGCCCAAUUUGUGAGAAGAACAACCAAAGCGAGUGCAAAGCCAAUGCACACCUUGCCUGCCGAGGAGCUGAACAGAAGUGCAUUUCUCUUGAAGGGACAGCAAUAGAUGGAAAGAGCAACUUCACCUUCAAAGGCUGUGCAACGGAAAGUGCCUGCACACUGGUGAAGGAUGACCUCAUGCCCUUUAAAAAUAUGAUCUAUAAGUUGUCCAAGAAUGCAACAUGCACCGACAGAGGAACCUUGGCAGCAAUCUCUUCUCCAAUGGUCCUAAUUCCAGUGUUUGCUGGAUUCCUCUUAGGAAAUGUCCUCUCUUAACUUAGGCAAAAACUGGCUUGCUCCUGAGUGCUGGAUGAAAAACUCCACCAUUUGUUUGAUCAUGAGAAUUGCAGAGAAAAUAUUUGUCAUGAGGACUGAUACACACACACACCUAUUUUAAAAGGAGAAUGUCCCAAUUUUCUACUAUCUACUCCUUUCUCCAGUUUCUCAAACUGUUGGACUCUUUCUCAUUGAGAACAAAUCUAUCAAAUAUGGAUGUUGCUUCAAUCGAUUUAAUCUCACAGGGUCAAUGCUGCACUUUUCUGUAACAGGGUAAUUGGACUGAGAGAAGCUCAUCAAAUAAAAUAUAUUCUAAAUAUCGCA